CGCGGCGCUUGAAAUGAAUGGGAGCGCAAGCGCGCAAGUCGGUAGAAGAGAUUGUUGGCUGUGAAAAUAGGGGAAACCUUCAAAAAAUGCUUCUUCGCUGGGUCUGCUUUCUGCUACUUCUGCUUUUGAUCUCUGAGCCCUCUGCCGGGUUUUUUGGCUGGCUGAUCAACAGAGCAAGCCCAGAGAAUCAACCAUCUCCCAUCCCAGAAAAACUCCCACCUGUUCCGUUUGAGAUGACCACGGGUGAUGAGAGGUUCGUAGCUGAGACUCGGCCCUUGGAGCUGACGCCUCUGGACUCCUGCCACUACCAGGUUAUUUCACAGCUUCAGUCCUCCUGCACAGACCUGUCCGAAGAGGAGCUGGCCAAACUGGGCGUGUCCUUAUUUAACUGUCAGGCCAGCGUUGAAGGCCGCCGGACUUACUUGUGCACGAUGAGCAUGACCCUGGCUGAAUGUACAGCCGAGAUGGACCCUGACACUUGGAAUGCCUAUCACAUUGUCAGCAACAGAGCCCGCGCAGUGUGCUACACGACCCGCCAGAUGCAAUUCAAGCGCCAGACGGAGCGCACAGUGAACGCCUUGGUCUCUACUGCUGUCGGCCAGCUGGAAGCUAUGAAGACGCUGAAGAACGGCCAGGAGGAGCUGAAGGAACUGACCGCCGAGUCCUUCCAGAACGUGGUGAGCGGCCAGCAGGAGCUGCUGAACUGGCAAGCCCGGCUUCAGGGCAGCCAAGACCAGAUGGAGGAGUCCAUCCACAGCAACCUGGACCAGCUGGCUCAGGAGAAGGCUCUGAUUGCCAGUGGGCACCAGCAGGUGGCGCAACUGAUUGAGGGCAUCACCAGGAGAAUGGAAAACGUAAGCAAGCAUCUGGACCACCAAGACGUGGAUCUGCAAGAAGGGCACAAAGCCAUCCUGAAGGACUUGACCCAAGUCCAAGAGCGAGCCCAGGAGGUCUACUCCAAACUAGAGACCAAUCUGGGCCUGUUCCUGGCCUAUCAGAACCAGACGGCCGUGUACUAUGAAGAGCUGAUGGGGAAGUUGCAGAAGAUGAACCAGAGCCUGGGGCUGGUUCUGUUCGCCACGGAGCGGAUGCGGAGCAGCAUGGAGGGGCGGCUCCAACACCUCCAGAGGUUCAUCAGCUGGGCAGGGCUCAGCCUCAGUUCCAUCUACACCUGCACUUUACACGGCAGCUACUUCUUGCUAGCAGCCCUCAUCAUGACUUUCCUGCAGAUCCCUGGCCUCCCACGGGCUGUGCUUCUAGUCCUGGUCGUUGCCAACGCCCUCUCAGAGCUCAACCAAGCCAGCUCCUUGGGCUUCAAGUCGCUCACUAGUCUUUUGGUGCUGGCGGUUACAGGCAACUGGCUCUUAGAAAGGGUCUACCGUUGUGCCCUACGAGGGAAACUACAGAAAGUUGGACUUGGGUUAUUACCCCUGAGAGCGCUAGAAUCUCUCACAGCCCGAGUGGAGCUGAAGAACACCACCAGCAGUUGUAUCACCUCUACUCCAGACAGAGACUGUGAUGUUGACCUCUUGAAAGAAGAGCUAGAGAAGCUGGAUGAGAUGAGCUGCUUGUCAGGUCCAGACCACCUGGGAAGAGAAUCCUCGGCACUUAGAGAAGACUUCCUUCCAGACAAGGGCUCAGUGCUGCAGUCCACAGGGUGGACUUUUCCUCAGGGUCCCUCCUACCCUGCCAAGAGUCUGCGGCGCAUCAGUUUGACCCGCUCCACAAGACACGAGGCCACCAUGGAAAGGUUCUCUCAGCAUCACCUGAACUUGGAUGCCAGUCCUUUUGCUGCUUCAAAGGCUCGUGUUCCAAACGAGUCUGUGAUCAGUGACAUAUCCAACUGCUCCACGUCUCCACGGUCGCUCUGCCAGGGAGUCACCAAAACCGGGCAACAAUGCAGGAAGAAGGCGCUCCUCGGCCACGUCUUCUGCCGGGUCCACGUCUCUGGACAGGCCUCUUACGCCUCCUAGAGCCGCCUGAAGACUUUCUCUCUUCCCGACGGAGAGAGCAAAGAUGGGCUAAGGCUGGGGAACCAUUCCCGACACUCCUCUUGGGAGGGCAAUGACUUUUAAACCUUGAUUUUUAUACUGUGUACUUCUGGGCAGAGAAUCGCCAAGUCCAAUUUCUGUGUCCUACCACCUUUAAAGACACUGGGACUCUUAAAACGGACAAUAUGCAACUUCUUCGAUUCUGCUGGGGUUGCAUAUAAUUUGAGAAGGGACUGUGGAAGGAGGAGGAAAGUGUUUGCUAGAGAAUCAGCUUUGCACAAAAAGCUGGACAGAUUUUUCCUCCUGGGGGGAGUGCCCAUUUGCAGUGGCUUCUUCGGCCGGUGCCCUAAUUCUCCAGUUCUUGGUGAGCCCCACAAGCAAAAACUGACUUGUAUUGUUUCUGUCGAGUGUCUCUUUCCAGGAAGGGCAGCUGGCACUAUGCGCUCCCCACCCCCCACCCCAGCAAAAGGAGAUGAUUUCCUAAGUUUUUACAGUGACUGGCUUUUAAAAUGCAAAACGUGCUAUGUGCACAUAUGUUUAAUAAAUGUUUGUUAUAAUGGGAAA